AUGAGGCCCGACUACAUGGGUGUGAUGUUCCUGUGCACCAGCGUGAUGUCCUUCAACGCUGGCAUAUGGCAGAUCUUCCGCAGGGGCCAGAAGAAGCAGCUGAUCGAGAAUCACAAGAACAUUGAGAAGAGCCCGCUGACAGACUUGCCGCCCGAGAACGCGACGGUGAACGAGUGCGAGUACCGCCGAGUGAAGCUCGAUGGGUCGUUCGAUAACGAAGGGUCGUGUCUGGUCGGCCCGCGCUCUAUUCCGUCGUACAAGGGCGCUGCGAACGAGGACGAGAGCCGCGGCGGGUUCCUUGUCAUGACGCCCUUCGAGGUCGCGGACACUGGCAAGUUUGUGAUGGUGAACCGCGGCUGGGUGCCGAUAGACGCCGGAAAGCACCGCACGAUGCUGAGACAGUACAUCGGUGAGGGCUUCGCCCCUGCCCAAGUCCGCGGCGUUCUGCGCAAGGAGGAGUUCUUAGGCGGGUCUCUUUUUUGGGGCCCGAGCCCAGACAACGAGGGCCCGGUGGCGGCGGACCUGUCAUGGCUGGUGGUGCGGCCGUGGAACAUGGCCAUGACCUACUACCGCCGCCGGUGGGGUGCGGAACACCUCAAGGAGAGUGCUGAAAAGCAUGGUGCCCACCACUACUACGUGGAGAUGCUGGAGGACUUCUCGGGCGACGACCAGCGCAUUGUGCGCGGUCGCGCGUGGCCCCGUCGCCGCGAGGUGGACGAGGUCACCUAUGUGCACCUCACCCCCGUAGUGCACUCCAUGUACAUCAUCUUUUGGUUCUCUGUCACCGCUGGCUCCCUGUACGGAGUGCUGCGGUGCUGGCGGCGCCAGAAGGACAUCUUUGCGCUGCGCAAGCACGUGAAUAAACAGGCGAUGCAGCUGGAGACGCGACGGCAGGCGGAGGCUCAGGCGUACAUGAAGGCGGUAGAGGAGGUGGAGCGAUUGAAGAGGAUCGGCACUGCUGCUGCCGCAGCGCAGAUCGACAUAGGCAAUCCUGCCAUCGUCACGCACAGUGAGGGAACGCCGUCGAAGGAGAAGGAUGACUCGCAACCAAGCAAGUAG